CAGCCAUCCGGGGCUUGAAUGAUGCAUGACAGUAUAAAAACAGCAUACUGCUGACACGAUCAAGUCGAUAUGAAGUUAUUGGUCUUGUGUUUGUUGGCGGUAGCCUGCCACGGCUCAACCGUGAAGCAGCAGCGUCGGUUCCCUGAUAAUUUCCUCUUCGGGGCCGCUACAGCCGCCUACCAGAUUGAAGGAGGAUGGGAUGCAGAUGGUAAGGGUGAAAGUAUCUGGGAUAGGCUAGUCCACACCAACCCCACAGUCAUCCAAGACCUAACCAACGGCGACAUCGCUGCUGACUCCUACCACAACUACAAGCGUGAUGUCGAGAUGAUGAGAGAGUUAGGCCUGGACGCUUACAGGUUCUCUCUCUCCUGGUCUCGGAUCCUGCCCACUGGCAUGGCCAAUGAGAUCAACCCUGCUGGCGUCGCCUACUACAACAAUCUUAUAAAUGAGAUGGUAAAGUACAACAUCACUCCAAUGGUCACUCUGUACCACUGGGAUCUUCCACAAAAACUGCAAGACUUGGGUGGAUUAAUGAACCCCUUGUUUACUGAUUGGUACGAAGACUACGCAAGAAUUGUGUUCGAGAACUUUGGAGACAGAGUUAAGCUAUUUAUCACAUUUAACGAGCCGAGAGAGAUCUGCUUUGAAGGUCUUGAAGAUAUGAACAAAGCUCCUCUUUUAAAUACCACCGGUAUCGGUGUUUACUUGUGUGCUAAGCAUUUGGUUUUGGCGCACGCAAGAGCCUACCAUUUGUAUAAUAAUGAGUUCAAGCCGAUCCAGGGAGGUCAGUGUGGUAUUACGAUUAGUGUAAACUGGUUUGAAGCAGAUACUGAUUCUGAAGAAGAUUUGUUGGCUGCUGAGCUUAUGAGACAAGUUCAGUGGGGUCUCUACGCUGAACCCAUAUUCUCAGAUGACGGUGGUUUUCCAAAGGAAUUUGCGGAAAGAGUAGCAGAAAAAAGUGCGCAACAAGGAUUCUCUCGCUCUCGUCUGCCAGAGUUCACUGAAGAGGAGAGAGCUUUUGUCAAGGGAUCAUCAGAUUUCUUCGGAGUAAACCAUUACACGACGGUGAAGGUGUCAGCGACUAAAUACAAACCUUAUCUCUCAGCGCCGUCUAUGAUGAAUGAUUUAGAUGCGUGGUACUUCUGGCCUGAUGAUUAUCCUGAGUCGGCUUCUCCUUGGCUGAAGAUGGCCCCCAACAGCAUCUACCACGCCUUAACCCAUCUGAAGGAAAAAUAUCACAAUCCAGCGAUCUACAUCACAGAGAAUGGGUGGGCCACCUACCCUGACAUUGGCUUGAUUGAUGAUGACAGAAUCACAUACUACAGAGCUGCGUGGGAGAGCAUGCUAAAUACUCUUGAUGCGGGAGUCAACCUCAAGGGAUACAUGGUGUGGAGUCUGUUGGAUAACAUGGAAUGGCUGGAAGGUUACGUAGCAUGUUUCGGCCUGUACCAAGUGGACUACGAAGACCCAGCUCGCACACGCACCGCUAGGAAGUCGGCGUUUGUCUACAAGCACCUCAUCAAGAAUCGUUUUAUUGAUUACGAAUAUGAACCUGAGUCUUUGACCAUGACUAUUGAUGAUGGAUUUUACUCAGAAAAUAGAGAGUACCUAAUUGAGAUCUGGGGAUCAGCUGCUAAGACUAACUUAAGCCCAUUACAAAGAACCCAAAACAAGCUGAAGUACUUCACAUGUGAGAUAAGAAGAUGUACUGAGCCACCACGGCUUGUGAUGACGUAUGCCAGUAUAAAGACAGUAAAUUGCUUACACGGUCCAGUCGACAUGAAGUCAUUGGUCUUAUGCUUGUUGGCGGUAGCCUGUCAUGGCUCGACUGUGAGGCAGCAGCGUCGGUUCCCUGAUGACUUCCUCUUUGGUGCUGCUACAUCCGCCUACCAGAUCGAGGGAGCCUGGAAUGAAGAUGGUAAGGGUGAAAACAUUUGGGAUAGAUUGGUACAUACUAACCCCACAGUCAUUGAAGAUUUGACCACUGGUGACGUCGCUGCUGACUCCUACCACAACUACAAGCGUGAUGUCGAGAUGAUGAGAGAGCUAGGCCUCAACGCCUACAGGUUCUCCAUCUCCUGGGCUCGUAUCCUUCCUACAGGAAUGGCCAAUCAGAUAAACCCUGCCGGCGUCGCCUACUACAACAACCUUAUCAAUGAGAUGGUGAAGUACAACAUCACUCCAAUGGUCACUCUGUACCACUGGGAUCUACCCCAAAAACUGCAAGACUUGGGUGGAUUAAUGAACCCUUUGUUUACUGAAUGGUAUGAAGACUACGCAAGGGUGGUCUUCGAAAACUUCGGAGACAGAGUUAAAUUGUUCAUUACAUUUAACGAGCCUAGUCAAAUCUGUUUUGAAGGACUCGAAUAUAUGAACAAAGCUCCUCUCCUGAAUACCUUUGGUGUUGGUGUUUACUUGUGUGCUAAGCAUUUGGUUUUAGCGCACGCAAGAGCCUACCAUUUAUAUAACACUGAGUUCAAGCCAACCCAGGGAGGUCAGUGUGGGAUUACUAUCAGCGUGAACUGGUUUGGAGCAGAUACUGACUCUGCUGAAGAUUUGAUGGCUGCUGAGCUUAUGAGACAAUCCCAGUGGGGAAUUUACGCCGAUCCCAUAUUCUCGGCUGAAGGUGGCCUUCCAAAGGAACUUUUGGAUAGAGUAGCUGAAAAAAGUGCACAACAAGGAUUCCCUCGCACCCGCCUGUCAGAUUUCAAUGAAGAAGAAAAAGCUUUUAUCAAAGGAUCAGCAGAUUUCUUCGGUGUCAAUCAUUAUACGACUGUAAAGGUUUCGGCGACAGAACAUAAGCAGGUCUACUCAGCGCCAUCUAUGCUGGAUGAUGUAAACGUUGGCUUCUACUGGCCUGAGGAAAAUCCUAAAUCGGCUUCUCCUUGGCUAAGUAUGGCUCCUAACAGUAUCUACCACGCUUUAACCCACUUGAAGGAGAAAUACAACAAUCCAAAGAUCUACAUCACAGAGAAUGGAUGGGCGACAUACCGUAACAGUAGUCUGAUUGAUAAUGACAGAAUCACAUACUACAGAGCUGCGUGGGAGAGCAUGCUAAAUACUCUGGACGCGGGUGUCAACCUCAAGGGAUACAUGGUGUGGAGUCUGUUGGAUAACAUGGAAUGGCUGGAAGGUUAUAUACCGUGUCUCGGCUUGUACCAAGUGGACUACCAAGAUCCAGCUCGCACACGCGUCGCUAGGAAGUCAGCACUUGUCUAUAAGCAUCUCAUCAAGAAUCGCUAUAUCGAUUACGAAUAUGAACCUGAAAAUUUAACCAUGACCAUUGAUGAUGGAUUUUAAUAAAAAUAAAUACUUCUAUCUAUAAA